UAAAUCAGCCAGCCCUACAAUAUCAUAUAUUGUUUGCAGAACUGCAUAUUAGCUGGAUUCUGGAGAAGUUUGUAGAAUGCCUUCAAACCCUCCCACCAGUUGUGACAGAAAAAGUAAGAAUAUCACCAGGUUAAAAUGCAGGAUAUAAAGACUGAAGACUUCCCCUUACUGUUAGAGAGACGGAGAGAGAGAGAGAGACACCAUGGCCAGAGAGAGAGUAACAGCCACCCGGGCCCUUUGCAUGAGGGGAUAUCUGCUCACAGCUCUCUUCAGUGUCUGGAUAAAUCUGAUCUAUGGAAUCAAAAUUCAGGCGAUUCCUAAAUAUCCAGUGGUCAAUAAGCCUGUCACCCUCAGUGUCAGUGGGGUCAGCGGGGCCAUUCGCUCUUUCUCCUGGUAUAGUAGUUCAGCCAUUUGGAAUUCCUCCCUAAUUUUAUCAUAUAAUCCAACUUCGAACCCUGUGGAGACACAAGGGCCAAAGUACUUCCCUCGAGCCAGCAGCUUCUCAAAUGGAUCAUUAAGGAUCUCAAAACUCUUUACUACAGACAGAGGAUAUUACACAGUGCAAAUCCAGGCAGAAAGUUCAACCCAAGAAACUAUUAACCUACCUGUAUAUGUGCCAUUGGCCAAACCAACGAUCAAAAUAGCCAGCCGGCGGCCAAUGAAAUAUGAAGAAGUCACUCUUUCCUGUGAUUCAGACACUUCCAGAGAGAUACAAAGAUACUCAUGGAGCAGAAUCAAUGGACCAUUUCCUUCUGGAGUCAAAUUUUGGGAAAAUAAUAGAACUAUGACUAUUCCCAGAAUAAUACCAUCAGAUGUUGGGCAGUACCAGUGUGAAACAGAGAAUCCAGUCAGCAAGAAUAUUAGUGAGCCCUACACACUGUCCCUAUACUGUGUCUGUGUGGAGCCGUGUAGUUGUACAGGUGUUUGUGUCGCCAUUGUGGGAAGUGUACUGAUCCUCUCUGCAAUAAUUCUACUGUUAAUGAGAAAUAAAUAUGUUUCAGUUCAAACAACAGGACAAGCUAAUAGACAUGAUGGAACUGCACACAAUCACAAUGGAACAAGGGGACAAAACACCACAGAGGGACCUUCAUACCCGGAAUACAGCACGGUGGACUCUGGAUACACAGGGCUCCAAGAUCGGCCAAAUCAAACCUACAGUGACCUUAAUAUAGGAGGGACAAGACAUGGAUAAUUCAUAUUAAUAAAGCUGUUAUAUCAUGGCACCCUCA